AUGAGGAAACGUUACGGUGGUUUCGAGAAUGUUGGCGCCAUGGUCGAUGAGUGCAAAAACUUUAAGACUCGAAUUAACAGCUAUAUAAGAGAAUAUGACACUGGCAUGGUGAUCAAUAGGUUGACCGACAAAAAACAAUAUUUAAUUGAUUUUUCAUUUGAAUAUUCUGUUGAUGAGGACAAACGGUCAUUUGGACGGCAGCCAAAGGUUGUGGUGACGGACCAAGACCCUGCGAUGAAACAGGCUAUCGAUGAUGUUUUUACUACCAGCAGACACAGAUUAUGCAUGUGGCACAUAAUGAAAAAAGUGGCAGAUAAGGUUGGACACGAGUUGUGCAACAAUGAUGACUUUAAAAGGAAGAUGUGCGAUAUUGUAUGGACUAAUUCCAUUGAGCCGGAAGAAUUUGAGAGACAGUGGAAGUUGGUGGCUAAUUCACAACUCACUCUUGUAGAGUUUAUGAAUCAUUUUGACGGUGCAAUGGAUGUCCAAAGGUUCAAUCACAGAAUGAAUGAUCAUAUUUCAAGAUAUACUGAGCCUGAUGAUUGGGGCAAAACUACUUUGCAAAAAGAUGCUGCUAAGAUAUACACCAUGUCUAUAUUCUUCGAUCAGCAAACAGAGAUAUAUGGAACUAUUACCGAAUGUUUGCCAAUGGACACCAAAAUCAAGGGUCCCCGGAUAAGGAUAUCGUUGAAAGAUUUUAAAGCCCACGGAGAUGGGUUAUUAGAGGUGUGUUUCAAGAAUCUUGAAGAUGAUAUGUUUGGUGUUAGAGAAAUACCAAACAAAUAUGUUAUGAAGAGAUGGACAAAGGAUGUGGUUCCGAAUGAAUUAAACGCCACGUUUGAUGUAAAGGUGGAUGAUAAGGAUGAGAAACACAAGGCUAAACAGAUUGCUCGCGAAAUCAUCUACACAUGGGAGUAUUUGGUUAGCAAUUUGAUUUCCGACCUUGAUCAACUUGUUUUAGUCAGAGAUCAAAUGAAGCAGAUUAAAGAAAAAGUUGAUCAGAGUCGUAUAACCAAGCAGCUUGAUCCAAAGUUUGACCGGCACAAAGGCAACGAGGUCGAAGACGAUGAAGAGGAAGAUGAGUUUGAAGAUUACGGUGGAGGGAGUGAUGAUGGCAGAGAAGAAGAUGAGUGGGAAGAGGUUUCAGAUGAGGAAGAUUAA